CAAUUCUAUAGCGUUCCUCCCAAUGCGACAUUCGAGAUUGACAAUAUCGAGGAGCCGUGGACUUUCUCGCAACCUUUCGAUUACAUUCACAGUCGCUUAAUGACAUCAAGCAUUGGUAAUUGGCAGGAGUAUAUCCAGAAAUGUUUUGACAACCUGAACCCUAACGGAUAUCUUGAGCUCAAUGAGGUCGACCUAUACUACAAGUCAGAUGAUGGUACACUUGCCGACGAUGCCGCCCUAAAUAGGUUCUCGAAGCUGUGGGGCGAAGCGGCUGUCAUUGUUGGGCAUGCGUUCCAGGACAACACGACUCUGAAAGACCUCAUGGCCGACGCCGGGUUUGUAGACAUUAACGCGAAGGUAUUCAAGUGGCCUUCCAACCCGUGGCCUCGGGACAGGAAACACAAAGAGCUUGGGUAUUGGAACCUCGAUAACUCCGUUGCUGGGCUUGAAGGUUUCAUGCUAGGUGCUUUAACGAGAGCCCACAAGUGGACUAAAAACGAGGUCACUCUCUUUGCAACGGAAGUUCGCAACGAGAUGAAGGACCCACGUGUUCACUCGUAUCAGACGAUCUGGUCUGUGUACGGCAGAAAACCUGCUGCGGAGGAAAUUAUAGCCAAUUGA